GAGAAAUUUCCAGAGGUUGUGGGCAUGGAUUCAACCUACAAUACGAAUAAGGAAGGGUAAUAUUUUUAUGUUAAACGAAUCUCUUGCAGUCAUCCUCUAUAUCAACUGGUCGUUACAGACGGUAUGAACAGAAGUUGCCCAGUCAUGUACAGUAUAACUCAUCGUGAAAGACUUGUUGACGUUGAAGCAGUAUUACGGUCCUUUAAGAAUAUCAUGGGUGAUACAUCGCAGACUGUCACGUUUGUAAUUGACAACAGUCAUGCAGAGCAAGGUGCAAUUCGUAAUGAGUUCCCUGCCUGCUCCAUCAUAUUAUGUGCAUUUCAUGUCAUCCGGGCCUUCAAUAACAAAGUAAGCGACAUUACUAAUGACCUAACGUCCUGAAGUUCCGUGAUCCUAAUUGUAAAAAGAUGUUUAAAGAGAUGGUGUACACAACGAGUAACGGCAGGUUUAGUGAGCUAAUGAAUUUAUUACGGUUGGAGUAUCCUGCAGCCAUGUCAUACAUGAAUAACAACUUAUGGAGUUGUCGUGAUAUGUGGGCAGCCUGUUAUAUGAAAGACGUUGUCACUCUUGGCAACAAAACAAAUAACAGAGUUGAGUGCUGCCAUAAACACCUGAAGACACAUCUAAGCAAGUGCUUCCCCUUAGAAUUGAGCAUUCAUGAGAUAUGGAAGUGUUCCAUAGAGUCAUCAAGAAGAAAGGCUAUAGAAGGAAAUCGCAACCUCCAUUACUACAUUCAUUUUAACGUGGACGAAGGCCUUUCUAGCAUUUUGAGGCAGCUUACAAGCUAUGCCGCCUACUCACUUUACAAAAGCAUCAGGAGGCAUCCAGAAAUGAAGUCAUCGAUUACACAGAAGCAUACGUAGUAUUCGAAGAAGGUGAAAGGUACUUCGUUGUGGACAAACAUGACUGCAACUGCACAUGUUUUCAAAACAAAAAUAUGCUUUUGCCAUGCCGUCAUCUUGUUCAUACAAAAUGUCAUUUAUAUACACGUCUGGGUAAGUUCAUAUAGGCCUACAGUUAUCUUGUAAAAGAUGUAUUUAGACAUAGUACCAGGUGGUUACGAUAUUACAACCACACUAUCAUCAUUCAAUCGCAAUCGACAACAGCGGUGGACUUGCACAUGGAGAUGCUCAUACAAGGAAUAAUAUAUCAAAUCAGAAACCUUCAACAGACGCAUCCUAGGAUAUGUAGAAGUGCGUUUCUUUACGUGUGCAAUUAUCUGCUUGAAGCUGGUGGACAGGCGGAUGAUCAGGCAUCUACAUCGUCAGACUCGGACUGAUCUAUGUACAUAUUUUUUGAGAUAAUCG